AUGGCAAAUCCUGUAAUCAAAGAAAUGGAAAUACUAGAAAGUAAAAAACAUACCAAUCAAAUUUAUAAAGUUGUUUUAACUGGUGGACCAUGUGGUGGAAAAACCACAGGACAAGAACGUUUAGAAUCAUUUUUUACUUCAAUUGGAUGGAUAGUUUUAAAAGUACCUGAAGCAGCAACAACUUUAAUGAAAGGAGGAAUACGUUUUGGUGAUUUAACUAAAGAAGAACAAUAUGUUUUUCAAGAGGAACUUGUUAGGACACUCCUUCGUCUCGAAAGUGUUUACUUUCGUUUAGCGGAGUCAUUUGUUAAGAAAUCAAAUGUUUUAGUCAUAUGUGAUCGUGGAGCAAUGGAUCCUUCAGCAUAUAUGUCUAAAGAUGAAUGGGAAAUGUUAUGUAAAAAUAUUAAUGUUGAUACAUUUCAUUUACGUGAAACACGUUAUAAUCAAGUUGUUCAUAUGGUUACAGCUGCUGAUGGAGCAGAAAAAUUUUAUACAUUAUCAAAUAAUGUUGCUAGAAGUGAAAGUUUAAAAGAUGCAUUAAGACAGGAACAAUUAACAAGAAAAGCUUGGAUUGGACAUCCAUAUUUGGAUAUAAUUGACAAUGGUGAUUGUAAAAAUUUUGAGGAUAAAAUUUUAAAAAUGAUUCAAGCUGUUUGUAAGAAAUCUGGUGUAAAAACUGGUGAUAGAUUAGAUAAAAAUACUAGAAAACGUAAAUGGCUCGUUGCAUCAUGUGAUGAUAGUGGUUUUGAUGAAUUUGUACAAUUUGCAGUUUCUCAUACAUAUAUCAAAAUUGGAGUUGAUGAAGAAAAUGUUCAAGUGAGAUUAAGAAAACGUGGUAAUAAUAAUAAAGAUACAUAUACUUUAACAAAAAGUCAAAACAUAUCAGGAGAAAGAAUAGAAACAAUAUGGCAAAUUAGUCGUAAAGAAUAUGAUAACUUUUAUAGAUUGCGUGACACUAGUCGUUGUACUUUAUUUAAAAAUAGGAAAUGUUUUAAUUAUGGAAAUCAAUACUUUCAUCUUGAUAUUUUUGUUUCUCCACUUCCAUCAUCUUGUAUGGGAAAGAAUUUAAUGAUUCUUGAAACAUAUACAACUAAACCAAUUUUUACUGAUGAACCAGAAUUGCCAAAAUUCAUGAAAAUAGUUAAAGAAAUUACUGGAAACAAGGAAUUUUCCAUGUACAAUAUUUCAAAUAAAACUGCUAAACCUUUAAAUAUAUGA